CAUUGCGCAGUGCUGCGUAUGAGGGAGAGUCGCAUGGGCAAUGUUGCGCAAUACCAGGGGUUGCAUUAAGUCGAGGAACGAGCGCUUCCGGUGACAGGUCAAAACAGCAGGAUGGCAGAAUGGAGCGCCAGGCAGGAGAUGGAGACGGCGGCGUCGACACCCUCGUCGCAACAUGAUGCCGCAGAGGAAUCAACGGGACCAAAGCUUGCAAAGGACAAGCACUGUCCAUUUUGCGGCCAGGCUUUCACCUCUUCUAGCCUAGGAAGGCAUCUAGACCUAUACAUUAAGCCACGAAAUCCGAAACCACCAGAUGGAGUGCAUGAUGUGGAAGAAAUCAAGAAGAUCAGAGGUGGCAUCACGCGACGACAACCCAAGGCAAUAUCGAAGCCGUCUUCAGAAGUGCACGUUGGCGAGUGGAGGCGACACAGCAGCAACAGCGACGCUGCAACUCCUGCGCCCACCCGCAAACCACCAGUCAAGGUGCAGACCAGAGUAACAGCCGUCAGCCCAGUCAACUCACCCAUAAACAUUAAAGAUGGCGAGACGAUGCAGACGUCGCUCAAUGCGCCAAAUUGGCAGGCGACUGGAGUCAUCAACAACCUACCGCCUCGAGCGCCAUCGAGGAAUGACACGGUACCUCCAAGUGGACAGGCCGAGCGCAUGCAGGCUAUGCGCCGUGACGACACGGGGAAGCGCGUGGAGCGGCCGAGCUUUGAUGAAGAUGCCAUCUUGAAACUCCAAGAAGAUGCCGAAGUUGGUCGUACCGCGGAGUUGGCGCUACGCGAAUUGCUUGCUAGUCUUGAAGCUGCGCGACAGAAAGCCGACACGAAGGAGCUGUUCGAGGGCGUGGAUCUCUUCUCACUCUCUUUCCCGGGCCUAUGCCUCGCAAUCCUGCCUGCGCCUACAACAUUGCAAAGCUCCACGCCGUUUCCUGGUCUUGAAUCCUGGCCAUUAGACCCUCCCGGACAGAUGCAGUUCGAUUGCCUGACUCGACGUAUGAAUGCGCGGCUACGGGAAUUGCGGCAAACGGAGAACCCUGACGAGUCCUUUCCGCCAGCUACCUACUUCAAGCAAUCAGCGCAUGUGCAGAAUGCAUACGAGCAUUGGCAGUCCCUUUCGGAGUCGGAGCGAGUAUCUGCAUGGAGAAUAGAGAGUUUGCGAGCGUUCGCGCGAGCCCAAGAGCAGAAGGAACAAGCCCUGCUGCGCUUGGAGGCAGCCGAGACACGGAUUCGGCAUCUCGAGGCCGACUUUGACCGCAUGUCACGUUAUCAGUUGCCACGCGAGUACCUACUACACCCACCACAAACCAUCUCUGCGCCCGUCGCGGUGUUGCGGGAUGUUGAUAGCACUCACCGACACUCCUUUGCAGCGGAGGCGAGCUAUAAUGCUGACGCAUUGCUGAGCAAGUGGAGAAGUACGGUGAAAGCGACAUUGCGACGAGCAGCAGCGCCGUCUAUGCGUGUGGACGACCCAAAAGCUGCUCAAAAUCGUCCGGUGAAGGACCAAAUAGCAGGUGACAUGAUCCUCAACGGUGCAGUCAUAGGCGUGAAUGGGGCAAUGCGAAGGCAUGCCGGUGCGCCCGUACAUGACCCGGGCUUCGUAGACUACGAAACGCCGCCUGAGCCAGGCACGGUCAUUAGUGCAGAGGAAGAAGGCGACGAGGCUGAUGCAGAGGGCGAGGCUGACGAAGAUGAUCGAGACUCUAAACGCCGAGUAAACGGUGGCGCCUUGGUGCCUCACAAAGGUGCGGCCACUGCCUUCGGCCGUCCGACUCGGAAAGAAGGCACAACCAAUGUCAACGGCAAGCGAUUGUUGAUGUCGACCACGGGGUUAAACAGCCGACCGACCAAGGUCAGCAGAACGCGAUAG